CAAACGUCAACCUCAACCUCCUUUAUUAUCAACACUAAAAGAUAAACCUUUAACCGCAAAAUCACCCACUCCAUCGAUUCCACGUUCUUAUCAAUCAUCAUAUUUAUCACCCCCGGUUACCAGAGCAACAAGUCCAACUCGCAGUUCUUAUACUAAAAAACAUAAUAAUUACCAUUAUGAGACUACUUCUCCUACCUUAUCACCGACUUAUUCUUCACGUCCACCAUCACGAGCGACUAGCGUUAGUAGUCAUGCAACUUCUAUUGAAGAAGAAUCUGUUGCAUUAACUGAUAUUCUUCAAGCCGCGGAUUCACUGACAUUAAAGAAUUUAACAGAGCAAUUAAAAAUAUUUAGACAUCGAGAGUUUAGUCCACCCAGUAGUGUUAUAAAAACCACAUCUCGUAGUACGCCUGGUACAAGGCGACAAUCUGUUACAACUACCAAAAAUUCUACAAAUACUACAAAAGGAGUAAAAAGUAGUUCUGCACCUG